CUGUUGAUGCCCCCGGUCGUUGCAGAGCCCGGAGGCCCCAUCAAGCGCCCAGUCCGACCAUGCGGUGUCGUGGGCUCGGAGGUGCGGCGCCCCUGGCAGGACUGUCUCUCGGCGAACAAGAGCCGGUGGAAGGAGCGCGCCACGAAAGACGCCGAGCUCCGCGCCGAGGCCGCCCUCAGAAACGAGAAGGUGAACGGCGACGCAGAGGAGACCGUGAUAGAAGACACGAUCAAGGAAGAAGACGAGAACAAGGAGAACAACGGAACGGCAGAAGAGAACGAGGAGGAGAAAACGGAGGAAAACGAAUGAGGCAUGAGUUUGGAGGAAGAUGUUGGUGUUAAUGAGGAGUGAGUGUUUGUUGGUGGUGAAAAAGUGUGACACUGAGGUACUGGACGAAGAAAGAAAGGAUGUACUUAUUGUUUAAAAAAAAAAGUGACAUUAAAGAGGUAUUUUUUUCUUCUUAAAAAGCCAAAGGUUUUUUUUUAUGAUUUGCGAUAUUCAAACACAUACGAGUGGCUCAUUGUAUCUUCCGGUACAUAUGAUAAAUACGAAAAUAAACUCAAUAAACGAUGGAAAUUGAAAGAAAAAAAAGGAUUUAGAAGAUACAAGUGAACACUGUGAUCUAAUAGAGAGAGAGAAAAAAAAAACCACUGUGGCAUCUGUAGUGUUUCCCGCCCGUUUUCCUCCGUGUGAAAUAUCUUGACUGGAAAGAACACGAGGAAAGGGAAAGGAAUUCAUCGGACUUUGGCAAGCAGGGGCAAAAGGGAGAGAUCCGAGAUGGACCGCGACGGCGCCGCCCUCUCGCCGAGGCAGCGCUGGCUCUGGAAAGCGCUUCUGUCUGCGGAGAGGAAAGCUAAAUAUUUUCAGGACCCUUUCAUCGUUGGCUUCUCUUCUUAUAAAAUAUAUAUACACAUCACACUUUGAAUGCUCUUUUGCUGUGAAACUCAAAUUUGAUAUAUAUGUAUAUAUGCAUAUAUGUAUGUGUGUAUACACACACACACACACACACGCACACACACAUAUACA